AUGUCGGCUAAGGUCGGGUUCAUUCUCGAGUAUGCUGCCGUCUCCUCGGAAGAGGACUCGUCCUUAGAAUGCCCCGAGGAUGAGGGCCUAACUGUUCAGCUGCUAUGUAAUGGCGAUAAGCUACAGCUGCGCGCAACUGAGUUGAACAUGCAUGCUCAAUACAGCCGCCUAGUUCUGACAGAGCUAGCGUUUGAUUUCAAUCUCUUCUAA